AUGGACAUCUUGCGUGAUCGGUGUCCGCUGCUGUUGAAGCGCGCGUCUUCUUUCUGUAGCACUCCGGUGGAAGCUGCCGGCCUAUCCAGAGGCGGCAGCCCCAGCACAGCUGGCUUGGGACACACGUCCUGUGCUGCUCUUGCAAGGAAGCGCCCGCGAACUUCCGAGCCAAGCGAGGAGGAGGACUCCGAAACGACGGAGAGUUUCUGGGAGGACUCUGGGUCAGAGGAGACCCGCAGCUCGUCAUCGGGGGAUUCUUGUGCUGAUGAGAAACCUCCAGCAUCGCCGGAGCCGCCUGUGCCCGGGAUUGGAGUUUCCAGAAGACUUCCUGGCAGCCAGACCACAGGGCCUCGUCCGCCCCUUGCAGUGCGCUGUUUGCGUCUGCCGGGUCCUGCCGAAGAGGCUUUCCAAGCCGUUCUCUGCGCCGGCCCGGGUGCCUCGUUCUAUGCUCUCCUGGGAAGCCGGGCGGUUUACGGCUUCGCCGAGGCCGCGACACGACCAGAGCUUCACGGCAGUCAGCCCAAAGCGAAGAGCCCUUUCAUGGAAGGGGCAGAUCCGAUCUCCAGCGACGAGCUCUUCGACGCUCUCCGCCAGCGGCCCAUCAUCGUCGCCGCUGGCAGGCGAGGGACAGACAUCCUGAGGUGGCUUCGGCGAGCUGGUCCUGAGAACCUCUCCUGGGAGGUGGAGGUGCACGACACGGGCCUCCUUCGGAAUGUGCUUCACGGCUCUUCGCCGGAAGCAAUCCAGGCUUGCGCCUGCACCGUGGCUUCGCUCAAAGAGACACUUCGGGCGGCCAUGAAGCUCGCACGUCAGCUCCGGGAAACUUCCGGUGAGCUGGCCUACACGCUCCUCCUUCGCAGCCAGUCGGCCGUGGCGGCAAUGGAGGCCGCCGGCGUGCCAUUCGAUCACGUCGGUCUACAGAAGCUAUGCUUGCAGUGGCGCUCCGACCUGGACCGAACCGAGGCAGACGUGCGAAAGCAGCUGCUGGACAUCUGUGGAGCCUCCGCUCUGCCGGCGUCGAACCCCGCGGGUCUCAACCUCCGCAGUAAUUCACAAGUGGCCGGCUUGCUCGCGCGGCAACUUAGUGCAAAAGAGCGAUCAAAGUGGCCUUGCACCCCAGGUGGUGCUCUGCGGACGGAUUCGGAAUCCCUUCGUCGUUCUGGACUUCCGUGGGCAGAAGAUGUGGUGCGCUUCCGGGAGUUGUCUCAUGCAUUGUCUCACUACGAGCGGUACAUUGCCUUGGCGAAGUGCGGCGGCGGGCGCCUCUUUCCAAGCUAUCAGCUGGCCGGGGCGGUCACCGGCCGAAUGACCUGUGCCAAUCCGAAUCUUCAGAGCAGUCCUCGCCUGGAGGAGUUUCGAAGUCUUUUCCGUGCCGGUCUUCGCCCCGGUUGGGACUGGCUGGUGCAAGGGGACUUCUCGCAGAUCGAGCUUCGGGUGCUGGCCGAGCUGGCUGCAGACGAGCAGAUGAGAGCCAUAUUUCGGGCUGGUGAGGACCUUCACAGAACCACUGCUGCGCUCCUGAGCGGCGUGGCCCCGGAGGAGGUAUCCACCGAGCAGAGGCAGUUUGCCAAGGCCGUAAACUUCGGACUCGUCUACGGCCAGUCUGCUGAGGGCCUCCAGAGAAGUGCAGAGAGCAGCUACGGCAUGGAGCUAAGCUAUGCAGAAGCCUACAGAGCUCGCCAGGGCUUUUUGGCAGCCUAUCCUGCUGUCGCCGAAUGGCAGCAGCGCCAGCGCGAGUCCGUCCUGCGCGGCGCAGAGGUGAAGACCGCGGGCGGCCGUGUCGCCUGGCACCUGGUGAAGCAGUGGAAGGAACUGCAGGGCGGACUGCAAAGUGAUCCGAGUUCUGCUGGCCGGCUCCAGCGCGAGGCGAUCAACUUCCCUGUGCAGGGAACAGCGGCCGAGGUGAUGUUGGCCUGCUUGGAGUCCUUGCGCCCCUUUCUGCAACGGGCCUCGGAAUCGACUAGACUGGUAUGUGUGGUGCACGACGAGUUCCUUCUGGAGAGCACGGACACUGCAGCUGCGGAGCAGGCGGCACGGGCGCUUCGAGAAGCGAUGGAGGAUGCCUGGUGCCGACUCUUCCCCGGUGCAGUGCUGGGCGAAAGCGGGAUUUCGGUGAGAUGGGGCUGGAGUUGGAGCGAGCUGAAGUGA